GUUUCCAACAUGGCCGAUGAAAAUAAAACAAAUCUUGAAGAUUCACAAAAGUCAACUGUAGAGUACCUUCCAAAAGCUGAGACUGCUGUUACAGAGUUAUAUAAUUUUAGAGAUCAUUAUAUUGAAAGACAUGGUGUAGAAAAGGCAAGUCAGAAAGAUGCAGAUGUAAAGAAAAAAUGUGAAGAAACAGUAAAAUAUCUUGAUGAGAUAAAAGAUCAUGUCAAAAAUAAAGCCAUUUUAUCAAUGUUACGAGGCAAGGCAUUAAAUGUUGGUUCUGAUUUCAACCAAGAUGCACACGAUGCACUGUCAAAAGCUGUGAAAUUGGAUCCAAAGCAAGUGGAGGGAUGGAAUCAGCUUGGUGAAAGUUUCUGGAAAAAAGGGGACAUAACUGGUGCUAAAAAUUGUUUUUCUGGUGCAUUAGAUCAUUCCAAGAAUAAAGUGUCCUUAAGAAAUUUAUCAAUGGUUAUGAGACAGAUGCCUGGAUCACCAGAAGAAAGAACUAAGUUAAUUAUUGACAGUGUAGAAAAAGCUAAGGAAGCAGUGCAAUUAGAUUUACAAGAUGGUCUGUCUUGGAGUAUUUUGGGCAAUGCUUAUCUCUCCAUGUUUUUUGCGGCUGGUCAGAAACCUAAAAUAUUAAAACAGUGUAUGAGUGCUUAUCAACAAGCCGAAAAAGAUACAGUAGCAAGCUCUAGUUCAGAUUUACAUCACAAUAGAGGAAAUGCAUAUAAAUACCAAGAAGAUUACCAGUUAGCAUUAGAAGAAUUUACUCAAGCUAGUCAAUUAGAUCCAAGUUGGUCUGAACCCAGAGAUCGUGAAAAACAACUUAUUUCAUAUUUAAAUAAAGUCUCAGAAUUAAAAGAUUCAAAGGGUAGAAUGAAAGGUAAAAAGUUACAAACUAUGAUCAGUCACAUCAACGAGAAAGAUUUAGGACCAUACAGUGGUGGAACUUACACUGGACCAAAAGGAGAUUCUGUCACAUUAAAACCUGUUAAAUUAAAACAACUUAAAGCAGAAUGUAAUUCUGAAGUUGUAGUUGUGGGAAAAGUUGUCUGUUCUGUUAUGUCUGAAGAUUCUGUUCCUUUUACAUUUUGUAUGGUAGAUUCUGAAGGUACAUGUUAUCCUGUUAAUGUAUAUAAUAUAGCACCAGGUAGAGGUAUGAAGAUAGGUGAUACUGUAGCUAUACCAGAACCAUAUUUACAACCUAUUCAUGUUAAUCAUAAACAUAUAAAAAUCUCAUUUGAAAGUAUUCGUGUUGAUUCUCCUAUGGUGCUAGUUGUUAAUGGGAAGAAAGUUGGAAUUGAUAAACAAGCUCCAACUGUUCUGGCUGUUAAUACAUAUCAUGAAUAAUCUCAUCUAUUUUAUAUACUUAUGUAGUUCUUCAUUUAAACUGUGAUAAAAUUUUCUAUUUAUUUAUUAA